UGUGUUCAUUUCCUGGUCAGCUGACGUCUACGGAGGAAAGACAACGCAGGCUACAUCGGGAUGCCCAUCGCUCAUCAACGACCAUACAGACAUUAAACAUGUAUUCUUCAGCUUUUAUUGCCAUUUAAAAUACGAAUAAAACCGGGUUCAGAUCCGCCUUUGUGAAGAACCACUGUAAUUGGACCAUCUAUACACGACAGUUAACAAGCCACCAGUUCCUUGCUUGUUUCCUUUGUUUUCUGGAAGCUUCCUGACAUCUGCUGGCCCCUGAAAGGCCUUUUCAACAGCAGUGCCAUUACAGGACGCUCAACUAGCGCCUGGCUCAGGCUGAACUGGAAUCAAUGAGGGAGCCAGAUCGGGAGGAGCAGCUUGAUGAAAACAUGCCCCCUAAAUUUAAACGACAUCUGAAUGACGAUGAAGUUACAGGAUCGAUUCGUAGUGAGAGGAGGAACCUGCUUGAGGAGGACUCCGAUGAGGAGGAAGACUUCUUUUUGAGAGGGCCAAGCGCUCCCAGAUUUGGGGCUCCUAAUGACAAGCUUAAACAGGUGCAGUCUCAAGUUGAUGAGGUUAUUGAUGUGAUGCAAGAGAACAUCUCCAAGGUGAUCGAGAGGGGUGAGCGAUUGGACGACCUGCAGGACAAAUCAGAGAGCCUUUCAGACAAUGCAUCUGCCUUCAGUAGCCGAGCCAAACAGCUGCACCGGAGAAUGUGGUGGAGAGACACAAAGAUGAAAAUUAUUAUUGCCUUGGUAGUGAUUGGUCUGCUGUUAAUUAUCAUUGUUCCAGUGAUCAUGCGAUAUCGCUAGUGUUUUAUGCUAGAGGGCGCCAGCAAGCAAGCCUGCCUCCUGCCUGUGUAUCCUGAAAGGAGAUUACCUGAACCUUGUCUUAAUACUGACCUUACUUUAGACAUUUUAGGAGGAAAGGUCUGUGAGAUCAGUACUAAGGUUUUGUUUAGUUAAAUAUUCAGCUGCAGACGGGAUAAGUGGGACAAAAGAGAGAUUGGGGAGAUAGAACACACCUCUGGUUAAAAUGAAGGAGGAUUUCAUUUCAUGAUACCGAUCGCGUGCAGGGACCUGAAUGCUUUGAUGAAACUAAAAUCUCAUAAGUCCUACAUUAUCCAACAAACCACAGUUUCAAAGCACUGGGGUGGAGUGUAAAUCAAAACAGAUUUGACAUCUCACACAACCAAUUGUUUCUAGUUAUUGGAACAUAAUGUAUUUACUGAAGAAUUUUCUGCAAUAGGCUUAAAAAAUAAUAAUAAUAAAUCUAUCUAUAUAGUAUGUAUCAACGAGCCAAAAUAUUGCCAAAUAUAAAAGAACAUUUUUUAGAAGUAAACAAGUUUUAAUUGUAAGUGAAAUUAUAACAUCCUGUUUUUGUUCACAUUUUACAAAGUGCUCCAACUCUUUUAGUCUAACCUACAACCAAUGAUUUAAACACUGUCCAUUUGUUUCACUGCAGCCUCUUCAUACUGUGAAAGGGAAUUUUGUCAACAAGUAGACAUUUUCCAGUACCCAAAUAUGUGUUUUUUGUAAAAUUCAUGUAUGAAUCAAGUCAAGGCAAAACCAGACUAGUAGUAUAGAUUUAUGUAACUUAUUAUUAGCUUUAAAAUGAGUUAUAAUACAAAAUAUCUGGGCUUUGAAUGUCUUCUUUUUUUUUUAACUUUAUGAACUUCUCACCUUCCUGCUGUUGUCUGGGCCAGUUUGGUCACGGCUCUUAUACAUCCACAAGUCCCCACACAGUUACAUUACACUGUAAUGCUGCAUAUGGUUAUGUUUGGACAACCCAGAAGCCUAUAUGUUUAGUUUGCUGCUAUGCUUUGUAUGGUUGUAGGGCCCAGGACGUUCACCAUAGAAAAGGCUGGACUGUCCCUAUGUGUAUUAAGUUGUAUGAUACAUGAAACAAUCUUAUUUUAUUCUUUUAAUUUAUUUUAGCUGUAAAUAUUGAUACUGUAAUAUACUCUGGCAUUGCAUUGGAAGACCUAAUAUUGAACCUUUUUUUCAUUUUGCUCUGAAUUAAAGUGAUUUUUAAGGG